UGCUUCGCGACGUUCGUAGCGUACCCUAACCUAGAAUUAUUUGCCAUUUUGUUUGAUAUCGUGUGGUGUUUCGCUUUCCGGCGCGGCGUUCUUUUAAGUGUUUCCAAAAAUUUCAAUUUAACAUGUAAAGAAAAUGAGUACCAAACGCAAACACGAAGACGCUUCCGAACCUUUUGAAAGUUCCGGAUACGAGUGGGUAGGUCAGCAGACGUUUUGCAUGCCAAAAUGUGUGUCAAAAUUUGACAGAACAAAGUCCGCCAGGGUGGUUAAGAAACCGAAGCUAGUAGCGGAAGACAGUGAUGAUGAAGAAGAUAAAGAUGAGGGGAAAUUUUCAGAGGAAGAACCGAAAGGCAAAAAGGCCGGCCCCAAGGGCACUAAAAAUUCUAAAAAGCGAUCGGUCAAGGAUAAUGAAGAUGGCGAGGGGUCUGAUGGGGAUUUCAAAGGAGAGGAGCAGCCACAAAAGAAAAAAGCUGCGACUAAACCCGCAGCUAAAUCUUCAGCUAAAGCCACUCCAAAAAACAAGGCGGCUACCAAUGAAAGUGAAGGUGAAGAAGACUCUUCUGAAGAGGACGAUUCAGAUAAUGAAGAUUCAUCUGUUUCUGACAAAUCGAAAACUAGACAACCCCUUCCAAAAACAAUUUAUUCUGAAGAUUUUGCAACCGACUCAUUCGUCAUACUCAAAAAAGAUAUCAAAGGGGGACCUCAAGCGCGUCCAGUCAUUUGGAGGAUUGUUGGAAAAUUGCAAAAAUUUGAAGCAUUUGAUGAGGGCGAUAAAGUCCAACAUAGAAACACUUCUAUUUACACUGGUUGGUCUCCCUUGGACCGAGAGCUUUAUGCCCCCCUCAGAGUUGAUGUGAAAUCUCAUUUCAAGAGUAAUUUGGAGGUUGUGGAAGUGCACUGGAACGAAUUGAGUGCUGUUGAUGAUAGUGAUUAGUUCUAUUAUUGCUGCUUUAAAUGUCACUUUGAAGUACUACAAUUUUUAUUUUGAUUAGUCAUAUUAUAAGUGUAUUUCUAUUUCAAAUUUCAAUUGACAAAGCAAAUUCAAAUUCAAAUUCAAAUAUGCUUUAUUGUCAGAAAAUUAUAGUACAUUCUAUUGACAAAGCAAAUCUUGUUUUUUUUUUUCUUUAAUUUUCCUACUGUUAAUCUUUUUUAUGUGAGUUUUGUUUGAUUUAGGAACAAAUCUGAUUUACUAUAAAGUAAUUUUUUGAUUAGGUAUUCAAAACCUACAUAAUAAUAGUGUCUCAUGAAUUUGAGUUUAAAGUUUUUAUAUUACUAUGUAGGUAUUACCUUUAAUUAAAUAUAGUUUUUCAUUUUGGAGUUGUGAGUUAAAUUUUGACAUGAGUUUAGGAAAAACGAGUUAACUUUAUUUAGAAAUUCGGGGGUAUCUUUUUCUUGAAAGUUGUUGAAAAUUGAUUGUUCUUUGUUUUUUUCGUUUGUGUAAAUAAUUUGACUAAGUAUUUUGAUUAACAGUUAAAUUAAUUAAGUAAUAAGUAAUUAUUAAUUAUAAGUAUUAAUUAUAAGUAUUAAUUAAUUAUAAGUAUUAUUAAGUAAUAUUAUCACUUAAGUACGUGUAUGUUUUCUUUUCGUAAUUAUUUAAGAAUUUAUUUAUUUAUUUAUUUCAAAAGUAGCCCUCAAUAUCAAAUAUUAUUAUUUAGUUAGUGAAUUGAAUAUCAAUAAAACAUUAUUUUUGAACCUGUCUCUGCUUU